CGUCGCCGUCGGCGCAGCCCGCGGUGCGGUCGGAGGAGGCCGCGGGCGCUGCGGUUCCGGUUCCGGCCGGCGCCUGCACCUGUGGCGAGGGAGGCGGCCAUGGCGUACUCCACCGUGCAGAGGGUGGCCCUCGCCUCGGGGCUCGUCCUGGCCGUGUCGCUGCUGCUGCCCAAAGCCUUCCUGUCCCGCGGAAAGCGGCAGGAGCCGCCGUCGGCCCCGGAAGGAAAGUUGGGCCGAUUUCCACCCAUGAUGCAUCAUCACCAGCCGCCCUCAGAUGGCCAGACCCCCGGGGCUCGCUUCCAGAGGUCUCACCUCACAGAGGCAUUUGCAAAGGCCAAAGGAUCGGGUGGAGGCGCUGGAGGAGGAGGGAGUGGAAGAGGCCUGAUGGCACAGAUCAUUCCAAUCUACGGUUUUGGGAUUUUUUUAUAUAUAUUGUAUAUUCUAUUUAAGCUUUCAAAGGGGAAAACUCCUGCAGAGGAUCGGAAGUGCUGUACUGCCACGGCUGGAAACAGCCACAGGAAAAUUACCAAUUUUGAGCUUGUUCAACUGCAAGAAAAACUGAAGGAGACAGAGGAAGCCAUGGAAAAAUUAAUCAACAGAGUGGGACCUAAUGGUGAAAGAGCACAGACUGUGACUUCUGACCAAGAAAAACGGUUGCUGCAUCAGCUCCGAGAAAUCACCAGGGUCAUGAAAGAAGGAAAAUUCACUGACAGACCCACUCCAGAGAAAGAAGCUGAGGAGGCCCCUUACAUGGAGGACUGGGAAGGUUACCCUGAAGAGACUUACCCAGUUUAUGACCUUUCAGAUUGCAUCAGGCGUAGGCAAGAAACAAUCCUGGUGGGUUACCCUGACCCCAAGGAGCCCUCUGCUGAAGAACUAGCUGAAAGAAUGGGGGCGCUGGAAGGGGAAGAAUCAGACCAUUUGCGUUGGGAAACGCCCACCGACCCCAGAGCCCAGGAAGAGAAUUCUGUUACUUCAUGGGACCCAAAGCCACAAACCUGUUCCUGCUGUUUUCAUGAAGAAGAGGACCCUGUGGUCUUGGCGGAGAAUGCCGGGUUCAGUGCGGACGCUUACCCCGAGCAAGAGGGAGCCAGCGGAGAAGUAGGGCCCCAAGACUUCAGGGAUGGAGGCCCGGGCAUCAGCCCUGAUAGAGGACACACAGGUGGCACAUUGAGGAAGCGGAACCCGCAGGGUUUUGAGUUGAAAACAGCUGGUUUGGGGAAGUAUCCAUUACUCUAGUCCCAAGGUGACCUUUCUCUCCUCUCUCAGAUUUCAUCCUUGGCCCUGUGCCCUGAACUUCAUCCUGUAUUUAAAUACCCUAGCUAAUCCGGCCACUACCAUGGAUAUCGUGUAUCCUUCCUGGUGCCCGCACACCUGUCACCUUGUAAAACACCGCAGCAAUUAGUAGGAACCCAGUACAGCUUCGCUCUUUCUCUUCAUGCCUUUCCUGCACCAGAGUCGAUCCGCUGAGUAACUCUUUGUUGCGCACUCGGGCAGAGGUCUGACUCUCGUGCCAGGAGUAGCAGAAGGUUUACCUGUGAACAAACCUCCGUUUACGCAUGAUGAGGACGUAAGGCUGCAAAAGUGAACGUUACAGAGCCCAAGAUGCCUUACUCUGUGGGCCUUGAGCAGGUUAGUGGUCUCCCGGGUUCAAGAAGAGAACGUUUGUUAGUGGGUAUGAUGGGGCCAGAGCAGGGUGACACUGCUCUGUGAACUGAAGCCCCUUCCUCACAGUGCGGGCCUUUUUAGGGGCACCGUGGCUGCCUCGGGUACCCGCUUUCCUCCAGAGUAGCCGAAGGCUCCCAGCGACCUGUGAGUGAACCCAGAGACCAGCUGGAGACUGUUACUCUGGUAUUGCUGGGUCUCUAGCUUCCUUUAUCCCUGUUCCGUUUCACGGAGCUGCCAGCCCAGAAGCACGUUUGUACCUCUGGCCUUCAGUGGCCAGAGGAAGCUUUAGAUAGAGGCUUUAAUCCUUGCCCUGCGGACACGAAAGCCGGUGUAAGGGUGCUGGUUCUCCAUGAGACGCUCAGGCCAGAGCCAGGGGUAAGGAGAGAAUCCAUGUACUUGAGGACAGUCCUUGCCUAGAAACUAUUUCUAAAUGUUGUGCCCUCUGGGAAAUCUGUUCUUACUACCAAUGAAUUGAAACAGAAAUGAAGAGGACCGAGCUUACAACAGAGUGCCAGCCCGAAAGGAAAGUUGCAGUGUGUCGUUGCAGGGGACCUAUAGCAGUGCCCGGAGGGGGGGACUGCUCCGUAUUCAGGUAUCUGGUCUUUUGAGAAAGCUGGGAGACGGAGGAGGUAGGUUGAGACUGGGAGGAUUUUGACCAAACUAAUAGCUGAAUCUCUAAGGUGCCACCUGUCAUGUGUCGUCUUGAGAUAAGAUGGCACCCACAUAUCCUGUCUAGUCAGGAUGAAUUUAGUUUACAACUAAGACCUGAGAGUUUAAAGAGGACACAUUCCCGAGAACAUUCCUCGUCAUGAAACGUGGAAGACUUGAAAACUAAGAAAUGAUGUAAAGGUCAACAGGGCUUUUGGAGUUCCAUUGUUCCUGGUCGACUAAAAUGCCAGGAAAAUAGUUGAAAUCAGACGUAAGCAUAGACUGCUGUCAGAAGGUUAUGGGAUCGUAUUUAGAUAACACGUCAGCUACUACUAGGCAUUUCUUGUUAAUGAAAUUAGCAUUUCUUGUUACAGAGAAAAGUCAUUGAAGGUGACUGUAGGAAAGUAUAUUGCAUCCAUCUGUGUGUGGAACCUUUGGCUUUCAAGAGUAUAGUUUAAAACGUUCUGGAAGUGAUGUAGAGGUGAUGUAAUGCUCAAGGUAAAUAAUGUAGGUGCUCUUUACUGUCCUGAUAAAUCAUUCCCCUGUUCUUUCCCUUCUUUCACCAUGAGCGGUUGAUUUAUAAGGAGUCCUGGAUCCCUGGUUCCUUCUUUUUUGCCUUAGUAUAUAUGGUUCCCUUAUGAGAGAUGUGUGUUUCUAGCUUAUUCAUUCAUUUUUUUUUUUUAAAGAUUUUAUUUACUCGACAGACAGACAGCCAGCGAGAGAGGGAACACAAGCAGGGGGAGUGGGAGAGGAAGAAGCAGGCUCAUAGAG